AUGGAAUCAGGUAAAGGAUCAAUUGCAGAAGAUGAAACAGGAGAAAUAGAAGUUCUAGAUAGACUUUCUGCUGUAGAAACAGGAAUUGAACUAGUGGGAGUUGGAAUAUCAAACAAGGAAUGUGGAAUCACAAAGGAACCAUCAGAAUUGAAAGGGGAAAAAGCAUUUUGCAGCGGCGAGUGCCGUGACAAGCAUAUUAGAAGCGAUGAUUACAAAGAGAAGUGUGCAUCUGGAGCUCUGAAGCCACCACUUGAUUACUCUGUCUCGCCGUGCUCUGGCCCGCUGGUGUUCUUCGCUGGGGUUGCUGCGGCAUAG